AGGGCUUCUUGAUCUAAAUUUCUCGCGUCAGUCACAGCGACGACACAUAUAAAUCCAGUCGGCUCAAAUAGGCGCUCGCUUUCUUUCUUGUUCGUGUGGGUCUCGACGACAAUCGAUGAUCGCCCAGUUCUUCGUGCUGUCGCAGCGAGGCGACAACAUCGUCUUCCGUGACUAUCGUGGGGAAGUUUCAAAAGGAAGUGCUGAGAUAUUUUUUCGCAAAGUGAAGUUCUGGAAAGAGGAUGAAGAAGAGGAGGCACCUCCUGUCUUUGUAGGUAUUUGUAAUGUGGAUGGGGUUAACUACAUCCACGUGAAGAUUGCGGGAUUGUUCUUUGUGACAACAACAAGAGUUAAUGUUUCACCUUCUCUUGUUCUAGAGCUCUUGCAAAGAAUAGCUCGAGUCACAAAAGAUUAUCUUGGGGUUCUUAAUGAAGACUCGUUGCGAAAAAAUUUCGUGCUCGUGUAUGAAUUACUUGAUGAAGUUAUUGACUUUGGUUAUCCACAAACAACUUCUACGGAGGUUUUGAAGUCAUAUGUAUUUAAUGAACCAAUUGUAAUUGAUUCUACACGUGUGCCUCCUCUUGGUCCGGCAUCAAUGUUUAUGCAAGGCACCAAAAAGAUGCCUGGUACAGCUGUUACCAAAUCUGUUAUAGUUACAGAACCUGGUGGCAGAAAGAGGGAGGAAAUAUUUGUUGACAUUAUUGAAAAAAUAAGUGUGACAUUCAGCUCUAGUGGUUAUAUACUCACAUCAGAGAUUGAUGGCACCAUUCAAAUGAAAAGCUACUUGACAGGAAGCCCAGAAAUUCGUCUGGCUCUUAAUGAGGACUUGAGCAUUGGUAGGAACAGUUCUUCUGUUUAUGACUAUAGAAGUUCAGCAGGAGGAGCUGUAAUACUUGAUGACUGUAAUUUCCAUGAAUCAGUUCGUCUUGACAGCUUUGAUGUGGACCGAACUUUAUCACUAAUACCUCCAGAUGGAGAAUUUGCUGCGAUGAACUAUCGUAUGACUCAAGAAUUUAAGCCUCCUUUUCGUGUUAGUGCAUUGAUUGAAGAAGCAGGACAAUUAAAGGCUGAAGCUAUUAUAAAAAUACGUGCUGAUUUUGCAGCGAGUGUAACUGCUAACACAAUUAUAGUACAAAUGCCGGUGCCAACUUAUACAGCAAGGGUUAGUUUUGAGUUGGAGUCUGGUGCUGUUGGACAGACAGCUGAUUUUAAAGAGGGAGCUAAAAGACUUGAAUGGUGUCUAAAGAAGAUUGUGGGUGGGUCUGAACACACGCUAUGUGCAAAGCUCACAUUUUCACAGGAAUCACAUGGAAACAUUGCUAGAGAGGCUGGACCAAUAAACAUGAACUUCACAAUACCAAUGUACAAUGCAUCAAAGCUUCAGGUAAGAUAUCUACACAUAGCAAAGAAGUCACCCUCCUACAACCCAUAUCGGUGGGUGAGAUAUGUCACACAAUCAAACUCCUACGUGGCUCGUUUGUGAGAAUCUCAUAUCUGGUUUCUUUUUAUUGUUAUCAAGGUGUCUUUGUUGGAUUCGGUCUUUGUUUGUACCUACAUUUUUUGCGACAAAAUAAAGAGGAAAACUAUCAUGAUUUGUCUA